CCGCACCACACUCGCUUGAACAUUCGUUCAUCACUCUCGCUUCAUAUCACGCAUAUCCAUAUAUUGCAACUUUCAAAUCAUCACCAGACACAUUCUCAAGAUGCAGCUCACGGUCGCUUUCGCCGCCAUGCUGGCCCUCGCUUCCGCUACCUCAAAUGGACGUUUCUACGGCAAGAACAACCCCUGGCCUAAGAAGGAUUGCCCCACCACAAAGACCUGCAAGGCCGUCUACUCUACGUACUACAAGGAGGUUCCAACCUACUACGAGAAGACGAAGACGGAGACGGUGUACAAGCCGUAUACCACUACAAUCUACAUUGACAAAACCCUAACCAAAACCUCCCAUCUCCCCACCACAUCCAUCGGCACAACAACUCUCACCUACGAAACCGAAAUCCCCACCAAAACCCCCAUCGUCAAAACUCUCACGACCACGUACCUGACCACCUACUGGAAAGACUCCAAAGUCCGCACCACACUCACUUCCGAGCAACCUUGCACCUUUGUCUCUAAUGUACCACAAUUGUACACGACAGUCGAGAAGGGCAGUCCAAAAGCGAUUGUUACGAAGAAAUUGGAAACGUAUGUCGUUACGAAGAAAAUUCCAACUAUGACGAAGUCGCCAGGUACGGUUACUUCGACUGUGUGUUCUGCGAAGGAGGUUUGUCCCACGAUGAUUAUGACGACGGGUACGACGCCUACGGCUACGACUACGCGGGGACCUCAGGCGCCUGGAUAUUAUUGAGUUUGAAGUUUCUUUUCUUUUUUUUUCAUUAUUGGGGGUUUAUGAUAAGAGAUAUGGAAAUGAAGGAGGUAUAUGACUACGAUUGUAGGGUUCUUAGUAGGAUUAGUGUCUAGGUAUAUUAUUUACAGUAUUGUAUUGAUUUAAAUCGAAUCUUCGUCGGA